AUGGCGACGGUGGGUGCGUCGGUGGAGCAGUUUCUGCAGGAUAUCAACUGCGAGGGGUACUUGGGGGCGUUUCGCAAAUAUGAAAUCAGUAGCGUAGACCAGCUACAGCACCUGGACCACGAAAUCCUGGAGCAGGUGGGUAUCCGCAGCAUUGGGGACCGGAUCCGGAUCCUCAACAAGAGCCGCACGCUGCAGGCAGGCAGAGACAAGGGCCUGCUGGAGGAGCUGCAGCAGGUGAUCGGCAAGAUCAACGCGCUGUCCGCAGGGCCCAUGGCGAUCAGCGAGGAGCUGGUGACGGACCGGCACUCUGUGAUCUUCAUUCUGAACGACGGGUCGGCGAAGAAGGUCAAUGUCAACGGGUGCUUCAACGCGGACUCGAUCAAGAAGAAGCUGAUCAAGCGGCUGCCGCCCGAGUUCGUGGCCGUGGCGCAGAACGGGGAGGAGACGAGCUCGCAGGACUACGACGUGUUCGUGGUGGACUACGCAAAGAACGUGCUGCACCUCCUGUACGACGUGGAGCUGGUGACCAUUUGCCACUCCAGCGACCGCGUGGAGAAAAACCGGCUGAUUUUUGUUUCGAAGGACCAGACGCCGAGCGACAAGGCGAUCCUGACGUCCAAGAAGCUGUACCUGAAGACGAUGAGCGCGAUACACCAGCUGGGAUCGCUCCCGACCAUGCUGCAGACCCAGGGAGCGACGACGGUCGGGAACUACGCGACGCCGGGGGCGGAGGCUCCUGCGGGAGACGAGGACAGCCUGCGCAUCGACAACAGCAAGGAGAGCCUGCGGAGGAUCUUCAACCAGCGGCCGCCCAGCGAGCUGAUAUCGACGAACCUGCCCGAAUACUUCCCGCACACGGACUUCAAGCGGCUGCAGAAAACCCUCCGGUCCUCCUUUCGGCAGUCUGUGCGCAUGAGCAUGCUACGCCCCGGUGCGCCGCUGCCAGAGGGGAAUAACGUGGGGAACAUACUGGUCAACCAGAACCAGGCGGUGGACAGGGCGCUGCUCCAGAGCCUGGACGGUACAAAGACCUCUUCCAGGUCGAGCGGCCGGUCGUCGGUCGACGGCGACGCUUCGAGCAUGGGCUCCGAGCGGCGCACUAAUGCCUCGAAAAGCACUACCCUUGAUGGGCGCGACAGCGACGCCGGCGGGCGCAUCGAGCUGCUAAACAGCGAGUCUGAGAGCGAGUGCGACGACGAUAAUAUCGUGUCUCUGCCCACCAAGGUCGUGACGCCGAAGUCCUGGCUGAAGGGCGCCAGGAUAGGGUCGGGCAGUUUUGGCUCCGUUUACCUCGGUAUGAACGCGCAGACGGGCGAGCUGAUGGCGGUGAAACAGGUGGAGCUGCAGCCCACGACGGUCAUGGCUCCUUCUGACGACAAGAAGAGCCAGCCGAGCUCGAACGCAGUCGUCAAAAACUCACAGAUCCACCGCAAGAUGGUGGACGCGCUGCAGCACGAAAUGAACCUUUUGAAAGAACUGCACCACGAAAACAUCGUGACAUACUAUGGGUCCUCGCAAGAGGGCGGUAACCUCAACAUCUUCUUGGAGUAUGUGCCCGGCGGCUCUGUGUCCUCCAUGCUCAACAGCUAUGGCCCAUUCGAGGAGCCGCUGGUCAAGAACUUCACGCGGCAGACGCUCGUCGGCCUGACAUACCUGCACAGAAAAAACAUCAUUCACCGAGACAUCAAGGGCGCCAAUUUGCUGAUAGACAUCAAGGGCUCUGUCAAGAUUACCGACUUUGGUAUUUCCAAAAAGCUUUCCCCGUUAAACAAAAAGCAGAACAAGCGCGCUUCGCUACAAGGCUCGGUAUACUGGAUGGCACCGGAGGUCGUAAAACAGGUUGUGACCACCGAGAAAGCGGAUAUAUGGUCUGUAGGAUGUGUUGUGGUAGAGAUGUUUACCGGUAAGCAUCCAUUUCCAGACUUUUCACAGAUGCAAGCGAUUUUUAAAAUUGGCACGAACACUAUCCCGGAGCUGCCCAGCUGGGCCAGCGAUGGGGCCAAGGCCUUCCUUUACCAGACUUUCGAGUUAGAUUACAAGAAAAGACCAAGUAGUGUCGAAUUGCUCCAGCAUAAAUGGUUAGAUACUACGACGAUGUUGUGA